AUGGGUUCAGUGGAAACAGUCAUCCUCACAGAACCAGAGAUAUUACGUGAGGCAUUUAUAGAUAAUCCAGACAUGUUUAUCAACCGUCACAUCAAUGUUUCUAGAUUAACAUUGAACAAUUGCAAGAAUAUUGCCUCUUGCAAUGGAGACUAUCACAAGAUUAUGAGAGACAUUGCAAUGAGGGGAAUCACUAGCACAAGGUUCAAAAAGAUGGAAGAUGAUAUUGUACAGGAGAUUAAUCUGUUGUGUGACAAAUUGGAUGUCUAUGCUAAGAGUGGAGAACCAUUGGACCCAACCAGCCUAAUCAAGAUGUGCUCUCUGAACAUCAUCUUUAGAUUCUCACUCAGCCAUCACUUCCCAUACGAUAUGGAUACUGAUGCUGGGGAAUUUGUCAAUUUGAUCAAUCAAGUAUUUAUCCUAUCAGGGACACCAAUGCCAUGCGAUUGCUUCCCCUUUAUCGGGUGGCUCCUGGUAAAGCUACCAAAGUUCAGAGAGUACCUUGACUUCAAUCACAGGCUUAGCAAAUUCCUCAGGGCUCUAAUCGAGAAGAGAGUGCCAUUGUUUGACAGUACAGCUGAACCAAAGGAUAUUCUUGACACCUAUUUGAUGGAGUUAUCCAAAGGAAACAUAACAAUGGAUGAGCUUACAUACACUUUCCAAGACCUUAUAAAGGGAGGAACAGAUACAACUGCAAACACAACAUCAGCAAUGAUAAAGGCAUUGGUGAACAGACCUGAGUUGCAGGAGAAUCUGUAUAGUGAACUCUCGAACAAAUUCGAGAACAAUCAUCCAUCGAUCCAAGACAAGAGCACAACACCUUACACCAAUGCCGUGAUCAAGGAAGCCACAAGAAGGUUCACUGUUGGUCCAUUGGGUCUUCCUCACUCUGCCAAAGAAGACUGUGAGUUCAGAGGCUAUCACAUCAAGAAAGGAACUCAGAUCAUUCAGAACGUGUAUGGCACUAUGAAUACUCCAGUGUAUUGGAAGAAUCCUUUGGAGUUUGAUCCAACUAGGUUCUUGGGCGUGGAUGGUGUUGCCAACAGCAAUGUUGUCAAACAGGCAUUUGGUACAGGGUCGCGCAAUUGUCUCGGAAUGUCCCUGGCCGAGAAUGAACUGUUCAUGAUGACGGCCAUCAUAUUCAAACGUUUCAAGUUCACCAAACAGACUGCUGAGCCAUUGGACGAGGACAUGAUCUUUGGUAUGGCAUCCUCUCCAUCCAGUUUCAAGGUGAUUGUUGAGAGAAGACAAGAAGAACCAAUAGCUCGAGCCAGCAAUUGCUCGAGUUGA